AUGUCUUUCCUCGGUGGGGCAGAAUGCUCUACUGGACGCAACCCCCUAGCUCAGUUCACGAAACAUGUCAGCGAGGACAAAUCUCUCCAGCGAGAUCGCCCAGCUGAUGGCCGGGCGGCUCCUGGAAUGGGUGGUAUGAGGACUAUGGGAGGUGAGAUAGCUGGGGCCGACAAGCAGAUGAUGGAUGAAUUCUACAACCAGCAACAGAGCGGUUCUCCGUUCGCUUUUGACUCUAUGCGACAGGAAAUCCAGAACCUCCAGCAUGCUCCCCAGGCUGCUGGUCAACCGUGGGCGGCUGAGUUCGGUCCACAGGGGAUGAUGCCGCAGGAUCAAGCUUUGAUGGAGGCUGCCUUUCGUCAGAAGUCUCCUGAAUUUAAUCCUGCCGAGUUCGCUCAUUUCCAGUCGCAGUCGCCGCAAGGAGAUAUCCGCAUGGCUUCCCCGGCACCGAUGCAGGCACAACCACAAACGUACUAUCGCCCACAGACUUUCCAGGGCUACAGUCGCUUUAACAAUGGUAUGCCAUUUACCGGCUAUGUACAGCACACAUCCCCGGCUCCCCAGAUGCACCACCAACAAGAUCUGAAAGGGAAGGGUAAGCAGGUUGUGGAGCUUACGGAUGAAAACUGGGAGGCCCAGUUCCAAGAGAUGGAAAACGUAAACAAGACGUUGGAUACGGACGAGCAGGCAAAUAAAGACAUUGAUGCGGAAUUGAAUUCGCAAACCGAGACAAUGUUUGGCGAUUUUCAGUCAGUAUGGGAGGGUAUCCAGGCAGAGGGCGGCGCACCUGUAGAUUCUGGCUUGGAAUGGGCCGAGUUUGAUGCUAAUACUCCAUGGUCUCCGGAGGCUUCGGCGACAAAUUCCAUGCCCCGGCUGGGAGAAUACCUCUUUGAACCUGAUAACCCGUACUUGACUCACGAGGACCCCUUCGCGGAGGGUAAGAGGCUGAUGGAAGCCGGAGGCAACCUAUCACUAGCAGCCCUUGCUUUCGAGGCCGCAGUACAAAAGGAUCCCAAGCAUAAGGAGGCUUGGACUGAGCUCGGUGGUUGUCAAGCUGCAAACGAGAAGGAGACUCCUGCGAUUCGUGCGUUGGAAGCUGCAUUGAAGCUCGAUGAUAGCAAUCUUGGUGCUCUUAUGGGCUUGGCAGUUUCAUACACGAAUGAAGGAUACGACACUACGGCUUACUCCACCCUUGAACGUUGGCUUGCCACUAAAUAUCCCAAAAUCGCAGAACAAGCUCCUCCAGCACCCGAUUCGACUCUCGAUAGACAAGCUAUCCACGACCGUGUCACGGACCUAUUUAUCCAGGCAGCCCAGCUUUCACCAGAGGGCACCGCAAUGGACUCUGAUGUCCAAGUUGGUCUCGGGGUUUUGUUUUACGGCGCUGAGGAAUAUGACAAAGCCGUUGACUGCUUCUCUGCCGCACUAACUUCCACCUCUACCGGCUCGUCGUCCCCCGAGCAUCUCCUUUGGAACAGGCUCGGUGCCACCCUGGCAAAUAGUGGACGUUCGGAGGAGGCCAUCAAUGCAUACGAGCGUGCCCUGACCAUCAACCCUAAUUUUGUUCGUGCCCGUUAUAAUCUCGGUGUUUCCUGUAUAAACAUUGGCUGCUACGAACAAGCCGCUGAGCAUCUGCUAGGCGCGCUGGCAAUGCACAAGGUCGCCGAGGAGAAAGCAAGACAAGACGCCGGAAGCAUUGGGUUAGACCCCGGAAGGAUUGUGCAGAACCAGAGCACAAACCUAUUUGAUACCCUUAGGAGAGUAUUUAGCCAGAUGGGAAGGAGAGACCUGGCGGAUUUGGUGACGAACGGAAUGGACAUUGAUGUGUUCAGGAAGGAUUUCGACUUCUGA